AUGCCUGUCACCUUGCUUCAAUUUCACCACUGUAGCCUCUGCCGAUCAACGGAGUUUCUUCGCGCUGCUUUUUUCUCUCUCUAUCUCUUCGUCGAUCGUGUAUAUUUACCAGCGGACGCUAGCGCUACCUUCUGGCCAUUCCUCUUUUUCCAUCGGCCUCUUCUACACAAUUUCAUUCUCUUUGAUUCCAUUUGCAUGCCACAUUUGAAUACUUCAGAUUGCAACAAGGAGGAUAUGGUUGAAGCAGGUUGGGAUUAUAAUCAUGGAGAAGUGGAUGCAGGGUUGGUUAAGAUGGAAUCAAAUUCCAUCAGGACAACUAAUGGUCAAGCUGAGUACUUGCAUACAAAGUCCAAUGCCUAUGGAAGAAUACCAGAAUCUGAAGGGAAUAGGAGCCGAAGUGCCUCAAGUACAGGUCAAAGUGGCACUUGCAUCUUGGAUCAUGAAAAAUCACAUGUUGAUGAUACAAGCCCUUGUUCUACAUCAUCAACAUGUGCUGCACCCAUUUGUCGCCAAUUUUGGAAAGCUGGAGCUUAUAAUGAGGAUCUUACACCUGUCACCAAAACGCAUGCUGGUUCAAGUUAUCUACACAUACACCCGAAGUUUCUUCAUUCAAAUGCCACUUCACACAAAUGGGCAUUUGGUGCCAUAGCAGAGCUUCUUGAUAAUGCUGUGGAUGAGAUACAAAAAGGGGCCACCUGUGUGUACAUAGAUAAGACUUUAAACCCAAGAAAUGGAAGUCCAGCAUUGUUGAUUCAAGAUGAUGGGACUGGAAUGGAUCCAGAAGCAAUGCGCCAAUGUCUGAGUUUUGGGUUUUCUGAUAAAAAGUCAGACUCUGCAAUUGGAAAGUAUGGGAAUGGAUUUAAAACAAGUUCCAUGAGGCUUGGAGCAGAUGCCAUAGUUUUCAGUCGCAACUUUGUUGGCAGUUUUGAAGAAUGUUUGAAAGGGAAUGGGAGUUUGACACAGAGCAUUGGCCUUUUAUCAUACACAUUUCUGACUCAAUCAGGCUAUGACAGAAUCGUUGUUCCCAUGGUACACUAUGAGUUUAAUUUUAAGACGCAUGUUUUCCAGUCACGCCAACACUCUGACUCAAAUCUAUCCGUGCUUUUGAAGUGGUCUCCUUAUUCAACAGAGGAACAGCUGCUAAAGCAAUUUGAUAAUGUUGGUCCUCAUGGGACGAAAGUCGUCAUCUACAAUUUAUGGCUUGAUAAUGAGGGUAAUGUGGAGCUUGAUUUCGAGUCAGAUCCCGAGGAUAUUCGUAUAGAAUGGGAUGGAAAAAGUAAAGCAAAGGAUGAUUCUCUCAAGGCAAAAAAUGAAAAUCACAUUGCCAAUCGCCUAAAAUAUUCUCUUCGUGCAUAUUUAUCCAUCUUGUAUGUCAACCUUCCGGAGACUUUCUGCAUUGUAUUGCGAGGAAAAGUUGUUCUUUAUGAUAACAUUGCAACUGAUCUCAAGCACCCUGAAUUUAUUGAGUAUAAACCGCAUAGUGGCGAGGGCAAAGUGUUAACAACAAUAGGGUUCCUUAAGGAGGCCCCAGAUGUGAAUGUCCAUGGCUUUAACAUCUACCACAAGGGCCGUUUGAUACUGCCUUUUUAUCCCGUGGUUACUUUUAGCCGCAACCGAGGGAGAGGUGUUGUUGGUGUACUUGAAGCAAACUUUAUCGAACCAACACAUAGUAAACAAGAUUUUGAGAAAACAAAUGUUUUCCAAAAGCUCGUGACUAGAUUAAAAGACAUGACACAUGAGUACUGGGAUGUUCAUUGUAGCCUAAUUGGGUAUCAAGUUCCUAAAAAGCUUCGAUCUUCUUCAUUGCCUCCCCCGACCCCGAAUUCAGCUCAUUUUACACAAACGCCUCCACCCUCACACUCGAGAAAAAGCACUAUCACUGCUAAUCAUACUGGUGGCUCUAAAAGCGCACCAGUAAUCACCACAGUUAGCAGCAGGGCUGCUUUAUAUGCUAAAUCACCACCCAAUCCCAAUCCCAAUCCCAUCAUAGAAGAACCACCUGCUGUCCCACAAGCUGCUGAAGAGGGAGGAUCAGGUUUGAAGAGGAAAUUACCAGAGGGAGAAGGAUCCCAUUUGAAAAAGCAUAUGAGAGAAGCUGAUCAACCAGACUCAAAUAUGCCUAAUACUGCACAAAGUCAAAGAUGCUUGAAAUCCGAGAAGGCAGGGGAAGAACUUAAUCUCAAGGUGAUGAAUCUGAAGAUAGCAUUAGGUGAGGCUCAAAAAGAAUACGCUGCUUUGUUGGCAGAGUUGAUGGUUUUUGAGAAUGUGAAUGUUAAUAGCAGCAGAAGUGGAUAUUUGUACAUGUAGGCAGUAGAUAUGAUUCCACGAGUCUC